AUGAUAUAUGGAAGGUGUUUGGAUGAUUUGUUUGAGCAAUGUGCUUAUGGAAUGAAGUUUGGAAGCUUUAAUAGAGAAUUGCAGCUAUCGAACAAUGAGUUAAAGAAUCUCACACUAAUUGAGAUUGAGAACAUGAUGCAAUCGAAUCGAAGAAGUUUGCAUGAAUCUAAAUGUAUGCCGUAUCCAGAUUCAUACGUCACAAAACAUGUUGGCAAUAGGCUUAUUUAUGACGAACUUAAUUACAAUGAUGAUACCGAGAAACAGAAAUUCCAAGAACUUUUUCAUGCCCUUACAUAUGAACAACGUUUGAUAUUUGAGAAAAUCAUGGAUGUUGUUAACAAACAGAGUGGAGGAGUAUUUUUCUUGCAUGGUUACGGAGGGACUGCUUCGUUAUUAUUGCCGGGUGGAAGAACAACACACUCAAAGUUCAAAAUACCUGUGUCAACGCUUGACAACUCAACUUGCAACAUCGACAAAGACACUGAACAUUCUCAAUUAUUUGAAGCAACAGAUGUGAUAAUAUGGGAUGAGGCACCUAUGUCUCACAAGAACUGCUUCGAAGCAUUGGAUAAAACCCUUAAAGAUGUAAUGAGCAAAAAGGGUGUUAAGAAUACUAUUUUUGGUGGAAAAGUUAUUGUAUUUGGAGGAGAUUUCAGACAGAUUCUUCCUGUUGUUCCAAGAGUUGGGCGUUCUGAUAUUGUUCAUGCAUCAAUUAGUUCAUCUUAUGUAUGGGAUUAUUUCCAGGUUUUAACACUAUCAAAAAAUAUGAGACUUCAAGAGGGAAGAGACAACACAAGUUCUAAUGAACUAGCGGAAUUUUCAAAAUGGAUUUUAAAUGUGGGUGAUGGUAAGAUUUGUGAACCCAAUGAUGGUUUGGUUGAUAUUGAAAUUCCUCCAGAGCUAUUAAUAUCAAAUUGUGAUGAUCCUAUAAGAGCAAUUGUUGAAAACAAAUAUCCCAAUUUGUUUGAAAAAUAUCAAGAUGUUGAAUUCUUACAAGGAAAGGUUAUUCUUGCUUCAACCAGUGAAGUUGUGGACAAAAUCAAUCAUUAUGUAUUAGACUUGAUACCAGGAGAAGAGAAAGAGUAUUUGAGUUUUGAUUCCAUUGAUAGAACAAAUUCAAGUUAUACUGAAGCAUAUGAAGUUCUAACUCCUGAAUUUCUCAGUAAAUUAAGAACGUCAGGGCUUCCCAAUCAUAGGAUCAAAUUGAAGGUUGGUACACCUAUUAUGCUAAUGAGAAAUUUGGACCAAGCCGAUGGGUUGUGCAACGGAAUAAGAUUAAUUGUUACAAGAUUUGAAAAUCAUGUCAUUGAGUCAAAAAUCAUGUCUGGAAAGAACAUAGGUAAUAUUUUUUACAUUCCACGAAUGUCUAUGUCACCUUCUGAUUCACCUUGGCCAUUCAAGUUGAUUAGAAGACAAUUUUCGAUUAUUGUCUCCUAUGCAAUGACAAUUAAUAAGUCACAAGGUCAAUCUCUUGAUAGUGUUGGAUUGUAUUUGUCUACUCCUGUGUUUAGCCAUGGUCAAUUAUAUGUUGCAAUUUCAAGAGUUAAGAGCAAAAGUGAGCUAAAAACCCUAAUUCAUGACAAGGAGAAUGUACCGUGUUCUACUACUACUAAUGUUGUGUACAAGGAAGUCUUUCAAGCACUUUGA